CGCACAAUCAACACACUUCAUAAUAGACGCUGUCCGACUAUGGCGAAAUACAAAAUGAACGGUGUGCUUACUUACUUCCGGGUGGUAAUUUUACUUCUUUCGAGUUCUGUAAAAGCUGGACUUGUGGACUUCACAUGCUUUAACAGAUUCCCAGUGCUUUUAAGUUCUGCAAAUAAUGAUCAAUUUAUUGGUGGCUACAAAGGGAACGAGGUAGUUAAUGCUGAUGUUACAUUUGGAAGGACAAUUAGAACAGGCACUGGUGGCGACCUACCACAAUCAUCAUGUGCCUGUGCAUAUGUUCAGCAAUAUUUAAAGUACACAAGACAAUAUAUGAAAUGUCCAAGUGGCAGCUGCUCAUGUGCUGAUAGUCUUGGUGGUACUACAGAUUGUCUUUAUAGAAUCGGUGCUUUCUACUGUGAGAUACAAGUUGGGACAACAACUGAAAUGAUAACAACAAUAACUCUGAAUGCGGAGGCUACCAUUGUACCUGAGCGACAGACAAUCACAGUUAACUUAGGAGAACCUGUCACGUUUAGCCUAAGCUUCCCAUCAGGAGAUAUCUCAACGCUGCGAUGGAGACGGUCAACAGAUUUCAUACACGCUUGGGACGAUAACCCAUCUCCCUCUAUCAGUGCAGUGACAGAAGAGGAUGCUGGAGUUUAUGAAUGCCAUGAAGGUGGUAAAAGGGGUGAAGGAGUCCAUGCUAUUCUACGGCUUAUUGUUAGAGGAUGUGCAAGUGGUCGUUGGGGGCCAAGCUGCUGGUCUGUUUGCCCAGUUUGUUACAAUGGCGGUAUGUGUGACACUGAAUCAGGUCAGUGCAUAUGUGCACCAGGCUUUCAUGGAUCAUAUUGUCAUAUUGCUGCUGGAAGUAAUAGAUGGGGGCUUAAUGCAACCAGUUUAUGUAGUAGUCGAGAAGAUCGCCAUGGACACGUCUGCAGGGGAAACCUCCUCUGCCUUCAAGAUCCAUUUGGCUGCGCUUGUGCCGCAGGAUUCAAGGGAAUUGACUGCACAGAUAGCUGUCCACCAAACACAUUCGGGUCAUACUGCAGCCAGACAUGCCACUGUGCCACUGGCAUUGCUUGCCUUACGGACACCGGUGAAUGUAAUGAUUCAUCGUGCAAUGCAGACUUCUGUCCACAACAAUGUGCAAUAGGAUGGAAGGGAAGCAACUGUCAAGUACCAAUGCCAUGCCCAGUUGGUUUCUAUGGUGAAAUCUGUGCACAAGUAUGUAAUUGCUUUGGCAACGAACAAUGUGAUGAUGCUACAGGAGAAUGUGCAAAUGGUUGCCAAGAGGGCUUCAUUGGGUUAACUUGUGUUGAAGAUGGGACAAGAGCUAUAACUGACCUCCGUCAGAUGUACAAACUAAAUGAAAGGCAACCUGUAACCAUCACAUGUGAGGCAGUUGGAAAUCCGCUUCCAGAUCCUUCUCAUAUCGUACUAUUUGGCACCGAUAAUACACAGAUUUUACAUGCAAGAACCAGAAUCUUUGACAACUUGAAUUCCUACAAGAGGACCAACGAGUUUGAAGUGGAUGGAACAAUGGCAACACAGGGAGCAUUGUUUACUUGUUCUGUGUUCUCUGGAACUGACGUCGACCCUGUUCACAGCCAAACACUCUCGCUGGAAGUUUACCGUCUACCAUAUCUCACAUCAGCUCCUACAGUUGAUGCAAGUUUUGGAGAUCCAAACCAGGUAUCAAUUUCUUGGGACCCCUGGUCAUCAGACAGCGGUAAUGGUGAAGGACCAGUUGAUCGAUACAUAGUGUAUUAUCGAUAUGCGAGUGAUGUGGAUGCAGCCUAUAUUUUCAGUGAAUCUGCUGGGACGAGUAAUUCUCUGGUCAUAAAUGGGCUGAACAUCGACACAGAAUAUGAUUUUGUUGUCGUCGUUGCUAGGGCUGGAGUUGGGGGAGCUGGACGCCCAAGCUCCAAGACCACUGUUAGGACCGAAUGUGGAACUCCUUCUACUGGUGCAGCAAUAUCUUUAUCAACCUUAAGUGGUACAGAACUUCAGCUGAAUUGGCAGCUUCCACCCCAGUCCACCUGGCAGUGCAGGUCUCUUGAUAAAAUCUACAUCUAUUCAAGGCUUGAGUCAGAGAGUAGCUACAGCUCAUCAAUCGCUGAAUAUGAGGCAGAUGUUACUGAAGCCAUCAUUAGUUCUUUGAUGCCAUGUACUGGAUACAGUGUUGUUGUCACCUUCACUAAUCGAGAUGGGAGAUCCAGUCCAGGCAGUGUUACAGCAACAGAGACUACUGAUGCUGCGGCUCCUGGUCCUGUGCAGUCUUUGGAUGUAAGUCAGGAUACAACAGGAUCUGACAUUCAGCUAAGGAUUACUUGGUCUGCUCCAACUGAGAAUAAUUGCCCAGUUGAUGAUUACAUUAUUCAACAUGGCCUGACCAGGGUUCUGGCCUGUGAUGCAGACAUUGAGUCCCCUCGUUUUGAAGUUCAGACAACUAGUAUCACAAGAAUGCAUCUUACGAACCUGCUGGCCAAUUCAAGAUACUUUGUGUCUGUGAUUGCUAGGAAUACUAUUGGAAGCUCGACAUACACCCCUAUAUACAAAACUACAAGUAAAAAAGCGCCAAGCUUCGUACCAACAGUAUCUGUUGCAGCAUCUGAUGUCACAUCAUUCAGCAUACGCUUUACAUGGAAUGAUUACAACUGUACUGAACUCAAUGGAGAAUUUACAUUUUACAAUGUUAUCCUGACUAAAGUUGACCAGCAGAAUGGAGAGACAGCUCAAGGUUUUAACUUAAACUCUCCAAGCCUAAGACAAUAUGGACUGAAUCCUUGUACUAGAUACAGAUUUAAGGUUGCUGUGAAGAAUGAUAUAGGGCUUGGAUAUUACAGUGAUCCCGUUGAAGUCACUACAUCCUCCGUGGUCCCAAACACAGUACGGAGUUUAACUGUGAAUCCUGUACAAGGUUAUCCUACAAUUCUCAGCCUGCGAUGGUCUAAGCCUGUUGGCGAAUGCCCAAUUGACUUCUAUACAAUCUCUUACAAACUGAGCUAUGCAUUCCAGUGUGAGUAUACAACAUUAGCUUCUAGAAACACAUCUGGAACUACAAUGGAUACAAUGUUUAACAUCACAGGACUUCUGCCAUAUUCAACUUAUUUUGUUUAUGUGAAGGCCAGCACUCCAGCUGGAGAAGGAGCAUACUCGUAUACGCGUGUUGCUACUGCUGAGGCAGCACCGACUGAACCCCCAUUGGAUGUGGGCAAUACUCACGUAGUGAAGAGAUCACUUGAGUUUGACUGGAGUCCACCACCAUGCCGCAGUAGACGUGGUGACAUCACUGGCUACUCCUACAGACUGGUGAACUUAGAUAGAGACGAUAACAAUAUUACAGGAGACACUGAGAAUAUAGGAGUUACAAUUGAAAACCUGGUGCCUUAUACGCUGUACUCGUUUCAUGUGCUUGCCCGUACUGCUGCAGGGGAUGGCCCAUACAGUCAGGGCUUAGAAGUACGCACUUCUGAGGCUAAACCUCCUCAAGUGAUGAUGGUCUCCACACCAAGUGGAGAUGCGACAUCAAUCACAGUAGAAUGGCACCGACCAGACCCACCACAUGGAAUAAUCAUAGCGUACUACGUUAGUUACUCUAUGGUCACUCAAGACGGGCUUAGUGAUCCUGGUCAAAGCGAGACAGUUACAGAUGGCUUGGAUCAGAAAGUCCUGCAGUUAGUAUUGACUGGUUUAGAAUCCAAUGCAAAUUUCUCCAUUAAGGUUCAAGCAGAAACUUCUGUGGCUGUUGGAGACCCCAGCACACCUAUCUAUCGAAUUACAAAGGAGGGUAUUCCAGGCCCACCAUCAUCUCUAAGAAUUGGAAAUAAAACGGAGACAGAGUUGGAGAUAGAGUGGAACAAACCAAUGGUACCAAAUGGGAGAAUUAUCAACUACAUUAUCAAAUAUCGGCCAUCAUUCAAACCCUACCAGUUGGAUUUUACACCUUCAACAUUUACAAGGCUACCAGUUUCCAGUCCAAAUAUCUACAGAAGAGUAUUGCUUGGACUCGAACCCGGAACCCAAUAUGAAAUUGAAGUGUCUGCAGAAACAAGCAUUGGUCAAGGAGAUCCUGUAUCCAUCGCUGGUUUCACAAAACCCAAAACAGAUAUUCCCAAUCCUGAGUCUCCUACAUUAGAUUCGGCCAAGUCUACAGCUACAGCUGUUGUCAUCUCAAUAAGUAGAGUGGAUAACCCAUAUAUAACGUCAUAUAUGGUGUGGGUCAAAAAGGUAGCGUCAAGAAAGAGAAGACAGUCGGGUCCCAAUCAGCAAGGUGAAUCUAUUGGGACAUUUGAUGAGAACCCCGACUCCUACAUUGCUGCUGAUAUACAGAAGGACGAUUUCAAGGAGGAGUUUAAAGUUGGUGAUAACGAGACGUAUAAUGGAUAUUACAAUCCUCCUCUAGAGGAAGGGGCCAUGUAUGAGAUCAGGUCAGGAGCAAGCAGCAAAGCCGAUGAUGCGUUCACUAUGAGUUGGUCAUCACCCCUUGGUUUGACUGUUGGUGAAUAUUAUGUAAGCAAUUCGGGACCUGAGUCACCUACAGAAGACGAACCUAGCAGCAUUGGAACUCUUGUAGCAAUCCUCGUCAGUGUCUUACUGAUUGUUGCUGCAGCUGGAUUCUUGGCUAUGGUUGUGAUCAAGAAAAGAAAAUCACAGGGUACUGGAAGACCUUUUGACUCCAUUGGAAUGAGGAAUAUUGCUAAAGAAACUCCAAGAUACACACCAGCACCAACUGGUCCUACUCAGUUGAAGCCAGUAGCCUCAGAGGACGCCCUGACUAAUCUAAAUGAUAAGAAACCCUCUGGAGCUUCAACGGUGAUGCCAGAAAGCCAGUUGAAACCACGCGUCAAGAAGGUAGAUCAGACUGCAACAGGGUCAGCUGGACCCAUCAAGAGAGAACAACUCAAAGGGUACAUUAAGAAGAAGAGAGCCAAGACCAAUGAAGGAUACAAACUGGAUUAUGGGAGUCUUCCAGAUGGUCAAAUUCACUCAUGGGAUGUUGCCAGAAAAGAGGAGAACAAAACUAAGAACCGUUAUGCUAACAUUAUUGCAUAUGAUCAUUCUCGUGUAGUUCUUGACAAACUUGAAGGUGAUGAUGAUUCUGAUUAUGUCAACGCUUGCUACAUUGAUGGUUACAACCAUCCUAACAAAUAUAUUGCUUCACAAGGUCCCAACCAGACUUCUACCAAUGAUAUGUGGCGCAUGGUGUGGCAAGAGAAAACCAGCAUCAUUGUCAUGGUAACCCACUUAGUGGAAGGAGGCAAGAAAAAGUGUGAGCAGUAUUGGCCAACAGCCUCCAAGCAUUAUGGUGGGAUUGAAGUUAAGCUAGAUUCAGAAUCUAAACUCGCUGAUUACGUUACACGUUCAUUCACACUCAAGAAGGAGGGUGAGACGAGAAAGCUGAAACAGUUUCAUUUCACUUCCUGGCCUGAUAUGGGUCUGCCUAAGUACAUCAGUCCACUCCUGUACUUUGUCUACACUGUUAAGGCGUCUAUCACUCCUACAACAGGACCAAUCAUUGUACAUUGCAGUGCUGGUGUUGGUCGUACAGGGACCUUCAUUACUCUAGAUGCAAUGCUUGAUCAAGCUAAGAAAGAGGGAAAGAUCGAUGUUCUCAAGUUUGUUGCUGAUAUGCGAGACAGACGAAUCAAGAUGGUCCAAACACAAGACCAAUACAUGUUUAUCUUUGAUGCACUUCUUGAGGCCUUUGUUUUCGGUCAGACCUGGAUUUCUGUCGAUGAUAUAAGGAAGGAAUAUGACAGACUGAAGACACCUAGUCCCCAUGGAAACUCCUCAAUACUUGAAGAUGAGUUCAAUAAAUUGACCGCACUUCAAUCUCCAGCUAAAGGAGACAGAUAUCGAGGUGGCAAAGAUCCACUUAAUACAGACAAGAACAGGUUCCCUGACUGCCUCCCAUUUGAUCGAUGCCGUCCUUACCUCAUGACAAUGGGUGCAGACCACAGUACCAACUACAUCAAUGCUUCAUAUAUCAAUGGUUAUUGGAAGCGUGAUCAGUACAUAACCACCCAGCUUCCUUUGCCUAGUACUAGUAUAGAUUUCUGGAGCAUGAUCUAUGAUUACAAGUCACCAACUAUCGUCAUGCUGAAUCCUUUGGAUCCCGAUGAUCAGACUAUGGAUAGAUACUGGCCAGAGAAGACUAUGGGUGCAUUUGGUCCAUUGAAUGUCCAUUUGGUUUCUGCUGAUAAUGAAGAAGGAGUCCAGAGUAGAACCUUUACUAUCGACAACAUGAACAAACCAAAUGACAAACCACACACAGUCAGACAGUUUGACUUCCAAGGAUGGUCCUUAGAUGAGCAUUUACCGUCUUCACCCGUCUCCAUCUUGAAAUUGAUUUACUGUGUACAGAUAUGGCAUGAGAAAUCACAAGGUGGACCUCUCACUGUACAAUGCAUUGAUGGUGUACGAUGUUGUGGGCUUUUCUGUGCCGUUCUCACAAUGCUGGACAGGAUCAAAACUGAGGAAAGAGUGGACGUCUUUCAAGCUGUCCGAAGUGUCCGCAAUAACAGGCCGAGCAUGGUCUUAUCACUGGAGCAGUAUGAUUUCUGUUACCUGACUGCCCUUCGUCAUCUACAAUCCUUUGACAUCUAUGAGAACUUCAAGUAGAGCAUCAGGACCAACAGCCAAUACCCUGGACAAAUUUUAACACAUACAUUUAUAAAGUACUAUAACAAUUAUUGAAUGGAUCCAAAAACCAAUAGUACAAAUUGCCUUUAACAAAGUACUACUGUGAUAAUUAAGGUAUUAGAUCUAAUCUGGCAAGGUUCGUCAUUGGGUUAACACAUGUACAGUACACAGCAACCAUCUUAUAGACCCAUGGCAUGACGUCACACACUCAAAUAGCGCCCUCACUGGGGGCAAAAAGCGCGCUCACUGGGUUCAAAUGAGGCAAAUGAUUGGCCAGUAGCGGUUCUCUGUGCGUGAACAAGUACGGGUGAGCUCAGCGUCAGUGUAGUGUUUUGUGUUAUGCAAGGGGUCUAUUGUUUGGAUUUAUACCACUAUAACUCUGUUAUACAUGUAGAAGCUUUAUUUCAAUCUGUACAUAAACUGUAAAUCUAAUUUGCUUACCUUUCAAAAUAUAAAAAGCACAAGUAGGUGUGCAAAGUGAUCACUAAACAAAAGAUAAACUAUAUGUUUUUAAGGAGAACAGGGACCAUGGACUUUCCUACGAGCAAAUUACAAAAAGUCUUUCUGAUAAAGUAUAAGUUAAUACCAAUAAAUUUUUAUAAGGAUUGUGAGUGCUAAUUUAGUAUAACGAUUUAAUGGUUGAAAAAAUUAAAUGUCAUGUUUAUUUUUGUAUAUUUGUAAUUUAAUGCAUCCCACAAUGAUAAAAGUAACAAUUUUUUGAAAUAAUGAAAUAACAAUUAUUGCAUAGCCAAACAAGUAAUUCCAUGUGGAUUAUCAUUGGUAAAAAAAGUCGCAGUUUCUUUCCUUUUUUUUUAUACAAAGCUCGCAUGUUUUUUGUAACUAUAAACUAAGUAUCCUGUAAAUAUGUCUUUUAUAGCAAUUUAUGCCUAGUAUUUAUUCAGUAUAAAUCAUUUAUUUUUGUUGUACUAGUUAAAGGAAUUUAAGAGAUUUCAAUAAUAGAUCAGAAGAUCCAGGAUACAGAAGACAAUGGGAGACUUUUGGGUCGCUUUGUAGCAACAGACCUACCAGGUAAACUCCAUUGUUCUUGGUAAUGUGCACAUGCUCAUAACUUCGUAAACAAAGGUAAUUUACCUGGUGAGUCUGCUGCCACCUAGUGUUCCAAAGUCUCUAAUUGUAAGUUUUAAAUUUAAUAAUUGGUGCUUCAAUAACUUACAAGUGAAUAAUUGAACUCCCUGCUCUAGUUUGUAAAGUGUGUUGGUUUUCUUUGUAAGGUUGGCUGAUUUGAGGAUACAUUUAGAUCAUUCAUGGCAGUGUACAUGUAAGGUAAUUACUCAAAGUAUAUAUUGGCGUAAAAACUCUGUUGGUAACGAGUAACAGCGAGCUGGUGAUAGUGUA